AUGAGCAGUUCCUCCUCUUCAUUCUCUAUUCUCUUUAUCAUUCAUCUUCUUAUUCAUCUCCUUCCUCAAACGUUAAACCUUGCAUUUGCUGAUGAUACCAGUAAUGUCUACAUCGUUUAUCUAGGAGAGAGGCAACACGAUGACCCAAAACUCGUCACAGAUUCGCAUCACGACAUGCUUACUACUUUGAUGGGAAGCAAGCAGUUGGCCUUAGAAGCAAUGGUGUACAGUUACAGACACGGGUUUUCUGGAUUUGCAGCAAAGAUAACAGCCUCUCAAGCACAACAACUAUCUGAGCAUCCAGAUGUAGUAUCCGUAAUGCCAAAUUCUUUCUACAAUCUGCAAACAACGAGAAGCUGGGAUUAUUUACGCCUCUCUGCACAAAUCCCCAAUAAUCUCGCGUCUAAAAGUAACAUGGGCGAUGGAAUUAUCAUAGGCGUUCUAGAUACAGGAAUAUGGCCGGAGUCGGAGGCUUUUCGUGACGAAGGUCUAGGACCAAUCCCUUCCGGAUGGAAGGGUUUCUGCCAAUCUGGCGAACAAUUCAACGCGGCUAAACAUUGCAGCAAAAAGAUAAUUGGAGCACGUUGGUUCGUGGACGGAUUUCUAGCUGAGAUUGGACAAGCCGUCAAUCUGACAAGAUUGGGCGAGUUUUUAUCAGCUAGAGAUGCAUCUGGACACGGGACCCAUGUGUCCAGCACAGCAGCAGGUGCUGAUGUGGCGAACGUGAGCUACAACGGGGUGGGUGUGGGGACGGCGAGGGGUGGGGCCCCACGUGCCAGGCUGGCGGUCUACAAGGUGUGCUGGAAGGUGCGGAGCGGGCUGUGUGCAGCGGCCGAUAUACUGAAAGCGUUUGAUGAAGCAAUCAAAGACGGAGUGCAUGUGCUGACGCUGUCAAUUGGGGCUUCAUCACUUCCUCUGUACUCUGAAGUGGACGGUCGAGAUGCAAUCGCCGUUGGAUCGUUUCAUGCAGUUGCAAAAGGGAUCCCGGUCGUCUGUGGAGCUGGAAAUGACGGCCCUUCUCCACAAACUGUAAAGAACACUGCCCCUUGGAUUAUUACUGUUGCUGCCAGCACCAUGGAUAGAGCUUUCUCAACUCAAAUCACACUUGGCAACAACAAGACUCUUCAGGGUCAGUCUAUCUACACAGGGUCCGGAACGGGAGGCGGAUUCACGGGCUUGUAUUACCCUGCGGAUGGAGGCGCCAAUACUUCAUCAACUGGUGUGUGCGAAGGUCUCACGCUAAAGCCUAGUCUUGUUGCUGGGAAAGUUGUUCUAUGCUUCACCACAGUAUCGAGUCCAGUUGUGACACUAAUUGCAUCGUUGUUAGUGAGAGCUGCAGGCGGAGUUGGUGUUAUUGUUUCAAAGCUUCAAAAUGAUAUAACAGGUCAAUGCCGCAACUUCCCAUGUGCAGAAGUCGAUUAUGAAAUCGGCACUCAGAUCCUAUUCUACAUCCGCUCCAACAGAAAUCCAGUGGUGAAACUAAGCCCUCCAACAACUCUUAUCGGAAAAGAAUCAGUCUCUGCUAAGAUUGCUGAAUUCUCAUCACGCGGCCCCAAUACUAUUUCAGCUUCAAUACUCAAGCCGGAUAUAGCAGCACCAGGACUGCAAAUAAUAGCGGCAACUUCAGGCGUUGACACAUCAGCAGAAAGAGGUUUCACAAUGAUGUCAGGUACUUCAAUGGCAACUCCUCAUAUUGCUGGAAUUGUAGCCCUUCUCAGAGCACUCCAUCCUGAUUGGUCACCUGCUGGACUCAGAUCUGCACUUACCACCACAGCUUGGACGAGUGAUCCAUAUGGAACCCCGAUGUUUGCUGAGGGGGACCCACAUAAGCUUGCCGAUCCUUUCGAUUACGGGGGUGGAAUUGCGAACCCGAACGGUGCUUCAUGUCCGGGGUUGAUAUAUGACAUGGACACAACAGACUAUAUUAAUUACCUUUGUGCCAUGGAGUACAAUAGCUCUGCUAUCUCUCGACUAACAGGGCAACCUAUAAUGUGUCCUAAUAAGACAUUCCCAAUUCUAGAUGUGAAUUUACCUUCCAUAACUAUACCGUACCUUAGAAACUCAACUGUCCUAAGCAGAACCGUAACUAACGUGGGACCCACAAACUCAAUAUACCGUGUCGUAGUUGAGCCGCCAACUGGUACACUUGUGUUUGUAACCCCUCCGAUAUUGAUUUUUAACUCGCAUAUAAAGAAAAUCACGUACCAAGUAACAGUCAUUUCUGUGCAUCCGCUGAUUGGUGGAUACUAUUUCGGGAGCCUUAUAUGGACUGAUGGGGUACACGAUGUUCGAAGUCCAAUUGCUGUAAGAAGUGCUAUGCCUCAACUCCGUGAAUAACGUAUUUAUUUAUAUCACAAUAUACGGUUUUAACGAAACAUGCAAAGGAACUAUACUAAAUAAGCAGAAACCACAUGCUACAAAUGCUUAAUUGAUGAUCGAACAGAGAUUGUGUAAGAAAGAAUAAUUCAUUUUGAUGCAUACGAGUUUGCUGUGCCUA